AUGCCUAGAUCCUACCCUACUGAAGAUGUGCCCCGAAAGCUCUUGAGCCACAGCAAGAAACCCUUCAGUCAGCAUGUGAGGAAACUUCGAGCUAGCAUUACUCCCGGCACCAUCUUGAUCAUCCUCACUGGGUGUCACAGAGGCAAUAGAGUGGUCUUCCUGAGGCAGUUGGCCAGCAGGUUGCUACUUGUGAUUGGGCCUCUUAACCUUAAUCGUGUUCUUCUACAAAGAACACACCAGAAAUCUGUCAUUGCCACCUCUACAAAAAUUGAUAUCAGCAAAGUGAAAAUCCCCAAACACCUCACUGAUGCUUACUUCAAGAAGAAGAAGCUGCAGAAGCCCAGACACCAGGAGGGCGAGAUCUUCGACACCGAGAGAGGGAGAUACCAGAUUUCAGAGCAGCGCAAGGUGGAUUGGAAAGUGGUGGACUCACAGAUUUUAGCAAAAAUCAAAGCUAUUCCUCAGCUUUGGGGCUACCUGUGAUUCAUUUGUGCUCUGACAAAUGGAAUUUAUCCUCAUAAAUUAGUGU